AUGGGUGACUGCUGCUUAAAAGGCUUCCGCUGGAAUGGCAAGCCUGCUGGACUAGAAUCCACCCUGGCUGGCAUGAGUUGCUACGCGGUAGGAACAAAUUCCAGCGUCGCAAUCCUGCUGCUUCACGAUCUCUUUGGCUGGACCUUUCCCAACACGCGACUCCUAGCCGACCAUCUGGCGGAGGAGGUUGGCUGUACAGUCUAUGUACCUGACUUGUUUGGAGGUGAGCACCUUCCACUCGACGUCCUUCUCGACGAAAGCAGAUGGGGCGAGCUCGACAUCCCCGGUUUCAUGAGCCGUAAUACCAAGGCUAUCAGAGAGCCGGAUAUCUUCAACUGCGCCAAGGCUCUGCGAACGGAGCAUGAGUACUCUUCCAUCGGCGCGAUUGGAUUCUGUUUCGGUGGCUGGGCAGUUUUCCGUUUGGGGGCAAAGGAUGUUCGGCUUGUCGACUGCAUCUCUACCGCACACCCCACAUUCCUGGAGCAGAAGGAGAUCAGUGAUAUCGGGGUCCCCGUUCAGAUCAUGGCGCCUGAACAUGAUCCACAGUUUACUGAGGAGUUGAAAGCUUUCAGUAAUACGACUAUCCCAAAGCUCGGUGUGCCCUAUGACUACCAGUAUUUUCCCUCCCUAACGCAUGGAUUUGCGACACGCGGGAAUCCAAACGAUAAGGAUGAGGUCGCGGGCAUGGAAAGGGCGAAAAAUGCGGCGGUUCUCUGGUUCCGCCAGUGGUUGCACAAGAGGAGUAUAGCGAAUUGA